UAAGACAACUCUUGCUAGAGUUGUUUAAUAUAUGGUCUCUAAAAAAUUUGAAGCUUGUAGUUUUAUUGAGGAUGUUCGGGAAAAAUCUGAAAAAGAUGGAUUACUUUCACUACAACAGAAAAUUAUUUCUGAUAUUUUGAUGGAAGCAGAUUUGAAAAUAAGAGAUCAGUAUGAUGGAGUUCUCAACAUCAAGAAUAGGUUAUCUCAUAAAAGGAUUCUACAUGUUCUUGAUGACAUAGAUGUACUCGACAAAUUAAACAUGUUAGCUGGGGAGCAUGAUUGGUUUGGUCCAGGUAGUAGAAUUAUCAUAUCAACAAGAGAUGUGCAUGUGUUGGAGGCACAUGGCGUAGAUAGAAUAUAUGAAGUUCAAGGAUUGAAUGAGGAAGAUGCAGUUCAACUUUUUUGCUUGAAAGCUUUUAAAAAAAAGCAUGUCCUUGAUGAUUAUUUAGAGUUGUCUAACCAGUUUUUGAAAUAUUCUAGUGGCCUUCCUUUAGCUCUUGAGGUGUUGGGUUCUUUUUUGUUUGGAAAAAGUACCAUUGAAUGGAAAAUUGCAUUGGAUAGACUCAAAGAAUUUCCCGAGGAGGCGAUUCUCAGAGUACUUAGAAUAAGUUUUAAUGGACUCCAAAAACCACAUAAGGAAAUAUUCUUGCAUAUUGCAUGUUUUUUUAAUCAUGAGAAGAAAGAUCAUGUAGUAGAAAAACUAGAUGGUCUUGGCCUUUACCCUGGUAUUGGAUUGAAGGAACUCAUUGAUAAAUCUCUCUUGAAAAUUAUGGAUGACAAUAUAGUGUGGAUGCAUGAAUUACUUGAAAAAAUGGGUAGGAACAUAGUUUCUCAAGAGUGUCCUGAUGAUCCUGGAAAGCGUAGUAGAUUGUGGCAUUUUGAGGGUAUUGACAAAAUGUUAAGAAAAAAUAAGGGAACAGGGGCAAUUAAAGCCAUAGAUAUUUGGGAUACUAAUAAUGAAGAACGAGAGGCACGUUGGAAUCCUAAGGCCGUUUUGAAGAUGUCCAAUCUUAAAUUUCUUAGACUUAAUGAUAUUGGCUAUGUCCCAAUACAUUUUCCUAAUGAUUUAAGAAUUCUUGAUUGGAGUAAUUUUCCUUUAAAAUCUUUGCCAUCAAGUUUCCAGCUUGAUGAGCUUGUUCAACUUUAUUUGAUAGAGAGCAAAAUUGAACAACUUUGGAUAGGAAUAAAGAUUUUUGAGAAGUUGAAGUACAUCAACUUGACCUACUCUUGGGACCUGAUUACAGCCCCAGACUUCACUGGAGUCUCAAAUCUUGAGAAAUUAAUUCUUGAAAGUUGUGGUAAUCUAUGCAAGCUUCACCCAUCCAUUGGAAUUCUUAAAAAACUUAUUUUUCUUAAUCUACGAGGUUGCAAAAGACUAAAUUGUUUACCGAGCAAGUUUGGAAUGGAGCCUAUUGUGGGAAACAUGGAAUGCUUAAAAAAGCUUGUUUUGGAUGACACUGCUAUUAUGGAACUACCUUCAUCAGUUGGAGGCAUGAUUGGCCUGACUUCAUUGACUCUAAGGAAUUGCAAAAAUCUUGUGUGUCUACCUAGCGCCAUUUGUAGUUUGAAAUCACUUGAAUCUCUAGAUCUUUCUGGAUGCUCAAAAUUUGAUAACUUGCCAGAGAACUUAGGGAAUAUCGAAGGUUUGAAGAAGCUUUAUUUGAGUGGAACAAUUAUAAAAGAGUUGCCCUCAUCAAUUGAACAUUUGACAAACCUUACUUCAUUGACUCUGCAUGAUUGCUAUAAACUUGUGUGUCUUCCUAACACCACUCGUGAUUUGAAGUUGUGUGGUUCUCUUAAUCUUUCUUCAUGCUCAGCAUUUAAAAACUUGCCAAAGAACCCAAGGAUAAUUGAAGGUCUAGAGAUGCUUGAUUUGAGUAGAACAGCUAUAGAAGAUUUGCCUUUAUCAAUUGAACGUUUGACAAGACUUACUUUAUUAAGUCUCAAAGAUUGUAAAGCCCUUGUGUGUCUUCCUAGCACCAUUUGUAUUUUGGAAUCACUUGAAUCUCUGGAUCUUUCCGGUUGCUCUAAAUUUGACAACUUGCCAGAGAGCCUAGGGAAUGUCAAAGGUUUGAAGAAGCUUGAUUUGAGUGGAACAGCUAUUACAGAGUUGCCUUCAUCAAUUGAACAUUUGACAAGCCUUACUUUAUUAAGUCUCAAAGAUUGUAAGACUCUUGUGUGUCUUCCUAGCACCAUUUGUAGUUUGAAAUCGCUUGAAUCUCUGGAUCUUUCUAGAUGCUCUAAAUUUGACAACUUGCCUAAGAACCCAGGGAAUGUCGAAGGUUUGAAGAAGCUUGAUUUGAGUGGAACAGCUAUUACAGAGUUGCCUUCAUCAACUGAACGUUUGACAAGUCUUACUUCAUUGACUCUACAUGAUUGCAAUAAUCUUGAGUGUCUUCCUAACACCACUUGUGGUUUGAAGUUGUGUGGUGCUCUUGAUCUUUCUGGAUGCUCUAGAUUCAAAAACUUGUCGGAGAACCUAUGGAUAAUUGAAGAUAUAAAGAUGCUUGAUUUGAGUGGAGCAGCCAUAGAAGAGUUGCCUUCAUCAAUUGAACGUUUGACUAACCUUACUAAAUUGACUCUAAAAUAUUGCAUAAAUCUUGUGUGCCUUCCUAGCACCAUUUGUAGUCUGAAGUUGCUUAAUUCUCUUGAUCUUUUUGGAUGCUUAAAUUUUAACAACUUGCCAGAGAACAUAGGAAAUAUAAUAGGUUUGGAGGUGCUUAAUUUGUGUUGGACAGCCAUGAAAGAGUUUCCUUCUUCAAUUGUUCUCCUUAAAAAUCUCAAACAGCUACAUAUCUGUGGAUGGAAGUUAUCUGAAUUUUAUUCCCAGCCAGCAAGUCUUGAGUUGAUGGACCCAUUACGGACUUCAUUAUUUUUUCUACCAACAAGUCUGCAAUCUUUAACGUAUUUGUAUCUUAGUGACUGCAAUCUUUCGUCAAUCCCCAAUGACAUUGGCUGCUUGUCCUCUUUAGAAUACUUAGAUCUAAGUGGAAAUAAUUUUGAUUCCCUUCCCGAGAGCAUGUCUCAACUCUAUAAUCUUUUAAGACUAUUUGGAGGGUUGCAAGAGGCUUCAAUCAUCGGAAAAUGUUCCGUUAACUAUUGAUUUUGUAAUUGCAAAUGACUGUACCUUACUAGGGAGAUUUCCAGAACUGCAAUUUUAUCCUUUUAGGUCAGAUCACUCGCUUUUGACUUUCCAAUGUCUCAACUGCAUCAAAUUGGUUGACCAUAUUCAAAGCAAUAGUAACAUGCUUCAGGUCUCUCUCUCUCUCUCUCUCUCAGCCUGUAGCUCUAAACUUUAUGUUUGUAUAUUUCAGGGACAAAGUGGUAGACUACCAGGCAUGUUAGAAAUUAUUAUUCCUGGAAGAGAAAUUCCGAAAUGGUUUAACCAUGAAUGUACGGGUCACGAAUUGAACAUUCAAGUUCCUUCUUGUGGAUGUGAUGAUCUGAUCAGAAUUGCAUUGUGCAUUGUUUUUGAACCCAACGGGUGUUAUCAACACCCUAAAGAGUAUCAGUUUUCAUGUUCAUUCAAUGAAAUUGAAGAAUAUGAUCUAUAUAAAUCUAUACUUAGUAAAAACUGUGGUAUAAUUGUAUCACAUCACCUUUGGCUGCUCUAUUUGUCCAAUAACUAUGUGUCUCGCUAUAUGAACUCCAGUUGGGGAAGAAUAUUUAGUCAAAUUGAUGCAAAUGGAUUUCGUCAACUUAAGAUUAAAGUAGAAAGCUGGAGCUUGAAGGUGGAGAAAAUUGGGGCCUGUGUGGUAUACAAUCAAGACAUGGAAGAUCCCAAUCAAACUAUGGCACAGUGUAGCAACAACAGCAGGAAGCUCUCUGAGGAUCUGGGUGUUCUCCAACACGAUCUUGACAUUUCAGCUGCAGAAAGUAUCAGAAAAAAGUGAAACCAUGAUGAGGGUGACGGGGCUGGACCUAGUGGAGAAUGCUACAAUAUUGAGGAACCACAACCAAAGAGGAUUCAAACACUUGAAGGAUUCUUGGCUGAUUUUGAAGGAUCUAGUGAAAAUGACCUGGAAGGCUAAGCAUUCAGGGUGGUUUCACCAAGAAAUCCUCAAUCUGCAGCAAACUAUGUUUGUGACUUGCUGGAUGAUAAUACAAAGACUUGGAGAAAGGAUGUUCAGGACAGGUUUUAUAUACCACAAGAAGCUGUUGUCAUUGAAAGCAUUCCGUGAAAUUCUCAGCAUUCUGAUGACAGUAUCUUUUGGGUGGAGCAAAAACUGGAGAUUUUUCAGUUCAGAGUGCAUAUGAUUAGUUGGACCUCAAGGCACUGUUAGGUUUAGGAGAGGCUUCAAACAAUCACAGCUCAACAAUUAUGUGGCAGGCAGAGGAAGGCUCGGGUUCCUGACCAGAUUUAUAGUUUUUCAUGGUGUGCUCCUCUGUAUAUCCUACCAACAAAGCCUCAUCUGUCUUCAGUAACUUGUGAGCAGUGUAUUGAAAGUUCCUGAAACCAGUUUACAUGCUUUAUGGUCUUGCCCAUGUGCCAUGAAGGGAUGGAAAUUAGUUGAAGGCAUAAACUUUAUCCCACACCAGCCUUUUCAGAACUGGACUGAUCUAUUCUCCUGGAUGCUGCACCACAACAACACUAUCUCACUGAAACUAUUUCUCACCUGCGCAGAAAUGGGAAAAGAUUUGGAGAACCAGGAAUACAGCAACCACUUUAGUAUGUAGAGGUAAGGAGAUGCAUGAAUGCUACUUGGCAAAAGUUUCACCUGCAGAAAGUACAUAUCCCGAUAUGGAAGCCCCCUCAUUACUUUAAGGAUUAUGGCAUGCCCUACAAAUACAGUAGUGUAAACCAACAGGGACUUCAGGAGGUUCAACAUGAGGACCACUUUAGUUAACAUGGAAUGCCCCAAAAAAAGUGACCUGAAAUGCUCUGUUCAACGAAGUGAAAGUAGCUAUAUCUAAUUUCUGAUGCUGCGAGUUUAAUUCUGUGGACAAAAGCUGACAAGCUGUAAAAAUGCUGCUCUAGUUUUAGCAGACUUUUUUUUUUUGGAGAAACUAGUUUUAGCAGAUCUUGUGUGUAAAUAUUGUGUCACUGAGAUUUGGCUGGGUGUCCCCAACCUUUUCUCACCCUUUUUUUGUUGUGAAAUGCAAUAUAUGUCCUGCUUUUAAUAAGAAAAAAUUA